AUGGUUGGAUAUAAACCUAUUACAGGUUACAAAAAAUCAUUACUGUAUUUACAUACUGUUACAUAUUCUCUUUUUUUUCAGGUCUCGCCAGAAGACUUGUGUAACAGAACUCUAAAACUGUCCGUGUAUGACGUCGAUAAACGUAAAGUCCGUCAUUGCUUGGGACAUGUGAUUUUUCCUUUGACGCAAGAUGAGUGCAUGUCCGGAGAUGUGAUUUGGCGGGAUUUAGAGAUAGCGCCACAACCUGCUGCAUCGUUAGGAGAGAUCCAACUCUGCCUAUCAUGCAAUCCAUACAGUAAUCGCAUUAAAACCACCGUUUGCAGGCUUAAGAAUCUACAAGGAAUCUCUUCAGAUGCACUUCUAUACGUUAAGGUGCAGCUAUAUCACGGCCGUAAGAUGAUAAAAUGCAAGCGUACUGUACCGCAGUCCUCACCUUCUACGACUCAACAAGAGAUUUUAUUAGACGAGACCUUCAGCUUCGCUGUAUCCGGAAGAUUUUUCGACUCCUGCAGCUUCACUUUCUCAGUGAUGGUAGCUGGAUCCAGCCCUCUGGUCAAGGAUACCUACCAUGGCCAAGUGGUCAUCGGUCCUUUCAUGUAUGCAAGGGGCGAGCAAUUGCAGCACUGGCAGGAAAUGCUGACCAAUCCAAGAAAUAUGGUAAUGAGAUGGCAUGGCCUGGAGGCCGUCAAGAAAAAUUGAUGCUGAUUAGAUAAUACCGAAUUGCCAUUGAAGUAUGUGACUAUAAUGUUCCAUAGCUGUUGACGUUUGCUGUUUACGAUGAUCUGAAAAAUUAUAGCUAAAUAGUCCUUUUUUCUUUUUACGGUAGAUCUGGAGGAAAUGUAAAAUAUUUCAAAUUAUUCGUAUUUAGAAUUCAAAAAUAAACUGAUGAUUGUUAUCAAAUCUAGUCGACAGUUUCUUUUGAAACGCAUAAAAUAUAAGGCUGCUGCCAAAUCAGAAUGGCAAAUAUAGCAGACUUUAGAUCAGAGAUAUAGCAGACUUUAUUUGAAAAGUUCUUACCUUUUUCUGGCAAAACUAAUACAAAUGCGUGAGAUGGCAUUUUCAGAGAAAAAAAUUAUUUGCCUCUUUUACGAUUUUAAAAAAUAUCCUAGUUUUUACGUAGUUUAUUUUAAGAAAAAAAAAUUUUUUUUUUUUUUUUUUGAUCAGCCACAUUGUUUUAUACAAAAAUACAAUUUAAUUCAAAAAAAUUUAUGAAUGGAUAAAUAUAUACCAUAAACUACCUGUCUAAAAAAUUACUCUUUUAAAUACUUGAAAGAAGUAGCAAGAAGUUUUACAUAGUAUUAUUCUCAAUUUUUAAAAAAAAAAAAAUCUUUAUUUCUAACUUUUUGCAGGUAUUACACUGUAGAAUGAUACUGUAGUACAUAAAAAAGUCUAAAAAUGAAAAAUUCAAGAUCACGAGGAAAUAAGAUUCUCAAGUUAAGCUUACAUUUAUUGUAAAAUAUCUUAUAGAGGAUUUUGAAUCGUAACAACCAAAUACAUCCUACCUAUAAGCCGAUAGAUAUCAGAUAUUUUUCUCAAAAUCCUAGCUUAAUCCAGCUUAUCCUAGUUCCAUUACAAAGAAUUAGUAACUAGUUAUAAAAAGGGAAAUCGUUUUAAGUAAUUACUAAAAAUAGAUAUAUUUAACUUGCUAAAUUCUAACACAGAUUUUAUUUAUUAUCUCAGCCUUUAAAGAAAUAAUACAAUUUUUAAAACAUUUAGCCGAUUGAAAUUAAAUGAAGAAUAUAAAACGAAAAUCUGCAACAAAAAGUAACUCGUGUGCUUUAUUAAUUACCGAUGAAUUUUAAUGUACUCGUAGUACAGGCUGAUGCAGAGUUAUUGUUUAAAAAUUUACAGGAAGGUUAGGAACAGGAGAACAAACAUAAACCUUAAAAGAAUAUAAGGAUUGCAAUACAGGAUGCUCAUUCCCACAAAGCCAGAGACUAAAAAAUGCGUGACAGAUCACAAAAAGUAAUAAAAGAAUAAACAAAAAGACGAGUUUAUACGACAAUUUUGUUUUGAUAUAGGUUCUGAAGUUGCGAUCAGCAACUGUAAUAAGCAUCUCACAAUAACGAUGCAUCGAUUAAUGUACGUUCCCAAGAACAUGCUAUUUUGAAUGAAUGGUUUGCGGGCAAAUAGCGUGUCUGCAUUGCGUUUGCUACUAUAUUUCCCUCUAUGGUUCUUGGUUAAUCACGUUCAUGUUCCUGACGUACUUAUAUUUUUUAAACAAUAAUUUUGAAACACUUCGUAGAAAACUCAUGUGUGUAAGAUUUGUCGUCUACUUCGCUAUAGUUUUGAAAAAAGAGAUUUAAAUAAAUUAAUUUAAAGGCAAAAUCGAAUUUUUUUUCUAAUUUAAUAAGUUAUUUUAAGUGUCGUUAGAUUUAUCGGUCUUUUCACUGUUUAUAUUCGCUUUGUUAAUUCAUUUUGACGAAAUUUAUCGCGCAAAAUUUUAUCUCUUGUCUAAAGCAUAGGCAUGAGAGUAAUUGUUCAAAGCAAGUCUGCUUUACUAAUUGUCAAAUAAAUUUAAGUCUACUAACUAGCCUUCAUAUAGUUCGGAAAGGUAUUGAAUACAUUUAUAAUAUUAUAACGUAUACUUUGAUGAUAAAUAUCUUUUCAUUCAAGGUAGACUUGACAAAUUUGUUUUUUUGCAAUCUCUUGUGAAAGAAAAAAUAAUUAUUUAUAAAAUAUCAAUAUCAAAAUGAUUGACAAGAAAUAGUUGGUGUUCUCUUUUUCAUGCAACUAAGUCAUAAGAAUGUACGGUUAAUUAUGAUUCAUUUGAUUGAUUCUCUAAUAACAAAACAAGAGAAAAUUCUUCGAAUUAAAUUUUACUGAAAAUAUUUAGGACUAAUCCAAGCUAAUGCCCUGCAAACGUCAACAGCUGGAAUUGAAAUUGAUUUAACUUAUUCAAUCAUGCGUUACUUAAAAAAAUGGCGUGGUAGCUAUUUAAAAUUAUUUAGUUUAUUUUCGGUUUAAAAAAAAAAGAUCGCAGUUUUGAAGGUCUGAAAAAUUUUCUUACAUUUUUUUAGUUAUAUUGAAAUACAUUUUUUAUUGAAAAAUUGUAAAUAAGUAAGAAAAUAACUAUUAAAGUACCAAAAUUAAAACACUUACUUAUUGCUUUUUCCCCGGAUUGUUUUAAACAUCAAAGCUUUUUCUUUACAUGAUUCGACUCAAUCGAAUCUCGUUAAAUGUACAGAUAUCAACUGUUUUCCGUAGUUUGUAGUAUCUGUAAAUCAAAAUUAAAAAAAAUUGAUAAAUAAACUACAGAGUUUUAAAACCACAUUUGAUUGAAUUAAGAAAAUUUUAAAAAGUCACUCAGUAUCUUGUAUAAAUUAUUUUUAACAAUCGUUGAUAUUCAAUCUCGACUUAUAACUGAUACUUAACAAAUAAUUAAAACAGUUAUCAUUGUAAAAGUGGUGUGUUUUUUUACCGAAAAGAGUAUUUUUACCUUCGCCUGGAGAUUAAAAGGCAGCUUUUUGUUUCUAUCUCAUUAUAUUAUGUAAAAUAAAACUUUAUAAAAUUAAAAUCUUUCAAAAAAAUUUUGUCUUUUUUAUUUAUUUCUUAAAAUAUACUCUUCUGCGACAAACGGUAUAGCAAAAAUAAUUUACAAGGAUCACUCAAUCAAAAAAGAGAAUUCUUAAAGAUCCAGAAACGAACCGUAAGAAUUAGUGAGUAAUUUGUAUACUCACCACUCAUCAAAAAGGUGUAUUUUUAGAACUUUAAAUUCAAAUCUUAUGAACUGGUGCGAAUUAGGAACUGCUACUUGCACUGAGAAAGAUUAUAUACGCUGUUUUUAAAGGUAGAAAACGACGAAUCAAAAUUAAUCUAGUAAUUACUAAUCAAAAAGGCGUAUUCUUAAAAAUCUUUGUUUGAUCCUAAGGAACUGGUGCAAAUUGAGAUCUGAUACUUGCACUGGGAAUAAUUAUACAGGUUAUUUUCAAAGAUAACAAAAGCCAAAUCAAAAUCAAUCUUUUAAUUACUAAUCGAAAAAGAGAAUUCUUAAAAAUCUAUUUUCAAACCUUAGAGACUGGUGCGAAUUGGUAACUAAUACUUUUACUGAGAGAGAAUAUAUGUGUUGUUUUCAAAGAAUGAAGAUAAUUUAUUUUGUGUAAUAUCUGAUACAUCAGAUAAUUCAUUGUUGUGUGAUACAUUUGUCUUGCUUUUUGUGUAAGUGAUCUUCCAUUUCAUAAUAAUAAUAAUAAUACAUAAAUGCAUAUAGUUUCGUACAUUUGUUCAUAGAUAUAAGAAAGUUAUGUAAUUUGCGAAAAUUAAUUCUUGUGAGAAAAUAGUAUGUAUUGAAUACUUUAAUGUCUUUUUUUAUACUAAGAUGGGGUUGCUGCUAGAUUUAGAGGUGAAAACGGUAUAAAAGCUGGUCUUUGGUAAACACCGUUCGUAAAAGAGGUUUAACUUAAUCCACAACAAUUUUUCUCCGUUAUUUUAAUUUAUUUAAGUUUUCCAAAGAUAAACCAUUAUCCUCUAUAGUCUCUUACUUGUACAAAUACAAUGUCACAACUUUUUCGAAUCGCCAAUUAACUGGGAUAAGUAAUCUAACUUUUAAUUACAAAUGUUAUUUUAUCUAAUUCUUCACGGAAAAUUAAUAAAACAUAUAAUGUAUGCAAUAUAUUAUCAUAUACGUGUAAUAAAGUGUGAUAUAUAAUAUAGUAAAAUAUAAUAUAAAAAUAAUAAAAGAAUUAUUGAUACAUUCAUACAGUUAUCAAUAUUCUACAGUUUGGCACAAAAAGUGUUUGAAAUAUAAUGAAACAUUAUAUGAUAUUUUAACUCUUAUAGAGAAUUGAAUAAGCAAUAAAGUAAGUUAAAUGAACAAGUAUAUGUAAGUUAAAUAAAUAUGUAUCAAAACUACCUAUAAAAUUGUAUGCCUUUUAUAUCAGUUACUUAUAAGGGAAAAUAUUUCUUGAACAGGUGCAUAAUACAAAAGAUAUCAAAACUACACAACAAAACAUAGAUAUCACAAUUUCAAGAGAUUUUUAUCGCAAAUGUAAAAAGGCAUCAAUUAAUGAAUAACAUGAUCUAGAAAUAAAUAUCAUGAUUUUAAAAAACUCUUAUAAAUUCCCAAAAUUAGAUAUACAUUGUCAAUAAUUUAAAAACUAAUCACUUUAAAUAGCUUCAAAAGUUUCGAAAUUUAUUGGAAUCAACGUAUAACCCCUAAUUAAAAGUAAAAUAAUAAAGUAAAACUAUAAUUAACCCUUUCACAUUAUAAAUAAAGCAAGAAAAAGAAUUGUAUUACAAGUAUAAUUCUAACACCUGUAAAUUCUAAUAUUGUAGAAAUUUUAAGUAUUUUUCAAAGUUAAUCGCAAAUGUUAAAUAUUUUUGAAAUUAAUCGCACUUGAGGAAGUUAAAGUAAAGAAUAAAAAUGUUCAUUUAUUUGAAAAUUGGAAAUUUAAAUUACUUCUCUUAAAAUUAUUUAUUAACUUAAAUUUCAGUAAAAUACUACUGUUAAAAACAAAAUAGCACUUAUCUAUUCUAGUAUUAGGAAACUAAAAUUUAUGUAUUGACUAGUCAAAGUUCGUUUUUUUUUUUUUUCCCCAAAUUUAUCAAACGCGCAUUUUCGUAUAAAAUUGCUCUACUACAAAAUUAUCUCAAUCUUGCUCCAAUUCCUCAUGAAUGUAGCUCAAACUGUUCCAAAAAGAAUGCAGCUCAAAAUGCUUUCAAAAAUUUCUUCAAAAUAUCUACUUUAAAACAAUACAAUAAUUCUCACAAAGCUUCAAAACAAUAAUUUUUAUAAAGCGGCUCGAAACUUACGUUAAAAAAAUUAUUUUUGUUUCAAAAGUGAGAGAAAAGUGCCAAUUUUAAAUAAACUUUUUUUCGUUGAAAUUCCACGUCGAGAAAAACGAGGCUAAAAGAAAACUGUUUCAGAGCACCAAACACUCAACUGUAAAAUUUCAAUUCCAAAAUAAUUACAAAUUAAAAAAUAUCAACAAAAAAAAAUACUUUUAUAAUUUUUGAAAAAAGAAAUUUAAAUUACAGCAAUUUUAAAAAAAUUACUUGUCAAUCAAGAAUAUUUUUUAUUUGCAUACUAUAUUUUCAUAAAAUAUGACAUGAGAGAGUGUUUUUUUUUUUUCGUAUAAUUUUUACGAAUAGAACCUUUAAUUAAAUCUUACCCUUUUUCAAAAUUUUACUUCUUAUGAGAAAAAAAAUCUGGCAGCUACCCUAGUGUUGUUUAGAAAUAUACUUAUUGUUUAUGCUUGUUGUUUUUGUUAUUGCUGUUGUAUAAAAGUACGCUAAUUGUUUAGAGUGUCGUUGAUGUUUUUUCACAGCGUUCUCAUUAUGUACUGCACUGUAUUUGAAACCUUUAAUAUCUUGUUUCUUAAACCAUUUAAAAAGCUUAUUGUGAAACAACAAGGCCGCGUGAAAAUACGUUCCAUAGAUUUAUCAAAAAAUCAGCAAACUCUAAUUCAUAAUAUAAAUGCUGUUUGAAUUUUUUUUUCUGGUGCAUUGAAUGUAAUAUUUAACAGAAAUACAUUACAACGCUAAAUAAAUUUCUAUUUUAUUUGAAAUAUGCUUAAAAAAAUUAAGGAAAAUCAAAAUAUAAGUCUAAACGAGCAAAAAUUUCCUUCUAAAAAUUUUGAGAAGGGAGAGCCCAUUUUUUUCUGGAAAGCAUUGAUUAACGUAGAAUUAAUUCAAUUAAAUUAACUACAUAAUAAACGAUUACGAUAAUAACUAUAAACGAAAUAAUGAUUCAAUAGCGUAAUAUCCAAAUUGAAGAAGAAAUUUUGAUCUUGUUCUUAUAUUAGAGUUAAAACACAAUUCAAAAAUUAGACAAAAAUGGCCUACUAUUUAAAUUAAUUUCAAAUUGGACUGAACAGUUUAUAUAGUUUUCCAUUACUAUUAAAAAAAAUUCCAAACUGAACAGUAUUUGCAAGUUAUUGUUUCACAAUAAGUUUGGUAUUUGUUCUUUUUAGCAUGCCUUUAAACAUUUAUUCUUUUAAUUAUUUCAAAUGUGUUCACGUUUCUGUUAGUCGUAAUUAUAUUCCAUGAAACAUUGUUUUCCAGCAUCGUUUGAAAAAAACGUUUGAAGAGUUAAAAAAAAAAAAAUUUCUCUCCAUCUAACUUUAGUUAACGAAACAAAAUUAAAAGAGUCUUGGUAACUUUAUUAUGAUUUGGGAGAAAACUAAUUAGUGUAGCUUAUUUAAUUAUCUUUUUUAUGACUCAGCAAAAAAAAAUUAAACAUUUAAAUGUAGCAUACUUCGAUUUAAUUUUAAUAUUAAAACUACAAAUAACAUUAUUUACAAAGCUACUUAACAAUGUUAGGGUUAAUUAAUGUACUAUUUGUAAUUAUUUGCACAUACUUUUACUGAUUUAUUUGCUCAAAAAAUUGACUCUAAAAAUUAAAUAUUAGGCCACAUGUUAUAGAUAUUAAGUUAAAUACAUUAACUUACAAUAUUACUUUAAUAUUACAGCAUGUGUAUUUUGUUUUUAAAAAAAAAAUUUUUUUUUGAACAAUACAAAUAAUUGGUUUCGCAAAUAAUUUCUUUGAUAUCUGUAAGUAUCUUAUGAAGUUUUGUAGUCCGACAAAAAAAUAUUUAACGCGUAUUUUUCUUCCUCAAUAAAUAAAAGGGAAAUAAAAAAAUUUAAUCAAAUUCUGAUAUAUCGAUUUUUUUUCGAUCUUUCACAUAUACUAUAACAGAAUAAAAUAUUCCAACAAAAAUUGUUAUUAAAAUGAUUUAAAAGAUAAAAUAGAAGCAAGCUUUUUUUUCGCUAUUAAACAGCACAAAAAAUCAUUUCUCUUAGUAAAAGCAUGUUAGAAAAAUGUAAUUAAUACAUAAAUUGGAAUUGAAUUUCGUUCUUACUUUCCAUGAGUAAAUAUUAUUCUUAGAAUAUAAAAUGCACAUUGUUAACUAAAUCGAGUAUUUUUUGCAGCUGAAACUUUCAAAAAUAUUCAAUAAAAAAUAUGUACAAUAAAAAAUAUGCUCUUUUCAAAUGAUUAAACAAAAAGGACGAUAGAAAAAGGAAUCAUUAAAAUUCAAAACGACAAUAUUCAUUUUCAUGAACAUAUUCCAUCAUCAAAAAAAUCUCAUUAAUUAUUCCUUACAUUUCAAAUUCAAUGUUCUUUGCUUCCCCAAACGAUAUUCUACGGAAUCUCUCUUGUUCUUUAUUUCCCCCAUUUGCUUAAAAUUGAAUUUCUCCUUGUCAUAUUUACUUUCUUGUCAUGCAAUGCAUUAAUAGAUGUCAUCUUAGUAAUGUAAUUACUCUAUGUUCAUUUUAAUUUUCAUCCCUAUUUGUUUGUUGUGUUCUUUUCUGUCAUUUUGCAGUACAUAUCAUGUGUUAUAAGCAAAUGUUGAAGUAUUUUGUGAGAUUGAAAUUCUAAAUAAAAGUGUAUUUGUGUUAUCAAA